GGGUCUUGAGGGCUCUCUCUGGCCGAGUACAGUUAGCAAGAUUUGCUAGAUUUUCAGGAGUAGAGUGGCCGUAUAAAGAUGUCAGUGUUGAGUUUUCUUGUUUCCUCUCUGACCUGUUGGUGAGUUAAAAAUGUCCGGAUUUCAGGGUCUGAAAGAUUUAUUCAGACGGCGGAUGGACGCUGCGGUGAAAACAGACAUGCCAAGACAAACAUCAACAUCUGGAUACGAAGAGGAGCUCCACCGUCAAAGACAACAACUGGGUGUGAAUAUAAAACCUGACAUGGAGCGGCACACUGCAGGUUGGUCUUCUUUGCAAACAUUUUCUGAGUAACGUCAGCCUAGCCUUAAGCAAACAUACAUUACAGAGCAUGGUAGCUGCAGUUAGCUUCUGCAAAAAUAUCUUUUCGUUUACUGAACUGUAAGACCCUCAGUAACAGCUUUAUACAACUGGACACUUAUGAUCUAUAAGACUACACUGACUCUUUAGUUAAUACUGUCUUGUUCAUUAUAUUAUGCUCUUCAUGUGGGCUGCUCUAAACUAAGUUCACAGGAUCACUCCAGUAGAUAUGCUGUCAGAACUGGUAGACGAGUUGACUAAGCUGCAACCAAACAUUAUAAAACUGCUCUGUGUCAUUCUUUAAAUAGAUAACUAUUUUAAUGAAUUUGAUUAAAUUUGCUGUGUAUCACACACUGUUAGUUUUAUUCAGAGUUCAGGCAUUGAUUUGAUCUGCACAGAGGGCCUGAUGAAUUGUCAAUCAAAGUGGGGAGAUCUAUUUUGCAGUCAGUCUUUAUUUAAGAGUAUAUUGGAUUCAUUCCAUGAAGAAAUGAUCAUAAAUGUUCUUCCUUGAGCUGCGUCACCCCGCAGCAGUCCGUAAUGGACUGGCCCAAGGUCUCGCUACACACAAGCGGCUGCUGGAAGAGAGUAGGUGAGUUGUGUUUAGUGUCUUUGCUAAAGAAAUUAGGCAAAGCUAAAAAGAUGUUCGAUUGGCUAGAGCUAUGUCUGGUAACCUAUAUGUACUGUUGAUGAAGUUAGGUGCUGUUCUUAUUUGUGGCUAUAGAGUGGUGUUCUGGUUGAGGUUUGUUUAUGGCUCCUGAGACUGCUGUGUAUUGCAUUACUAAAGUUGGUAUAACUAGAGAAGCAAGCGGUCGGCAAUCUUAAUCUCUCGACGGCUGUCUAACUCGGUUUUACGGUGUGUUUGACCCUAAAUUAAUUUUACGCCGGAAUAUCCCUUCAACUAGUUGCCUGACAGCUGUAAAGAUGUUUGGUGAUGGCAUAGCGGCUUUUAGUUCUCUGAAGAAAAGUACAUAAAUGAGAUGAGACUAAGCUGAGAUAAGCCUUAUAAAUCAGGGUCUGCCAGUUUAUUCCUGCGUGCAGCCAGAGUUAACAUACAAUUCACAAUGAUGCAUGGGAUGACUGUCACCUGUGAUAAUCCUCAAGGCGUUGUGAUAAACAGUGUUUAAAGACUGAAGACAUUUCAACGAGGCACCCAUAUACAGAACAUCAUAGUCAAGCAGAAGUAGAAACAUUGCUGACACAAGCAGUUUCCUGGCUCUGAGUGAAAAGCAAGGUUUUUUUCGGAAGUAGGACCCCAGCUGCACCCUGAGUUUGGUGACUAAGCCUGCAAUGUGUGCUGUAAAAGAAAGCUUAUGGUCUAGAAGAAAACCCAAGUACUUGAAGUUAGAGGCCAGCUCUGUUGGGUUUCUUUAUUGAGUCACAACAGUCAGGAUUUUCCCUUGUAACUCACUUGAAUUUGAAAAGACCAUGGGCUUGUUUUAUCUGUGUUUAAAACCAGUUGAGUGAGGAUACUUCUGAUUUUAGUACAACUCUUUAACUUUUUUUCUGAUGUUCAAACAGACCAUCACAUAGAUGGAGAAAGUGAAAAGGUGCCCCUUGCUAAAGUUCAAUGUUAAAGUCAGAGCACACAGCAAGGCAUCUCCACCUAGACCUGCUGAUAGCUGAAAAGUUAACCACUGUGGACAGCAGUCUGUAUUUUAAAUUUUGACUUCAAGCUAUUCUGCUGCAUUUUAGAGGGCAACUUUAAAUUUCAAGAUUGGUAUAAAAAUAACCCUCCUGCUGUCAUUUAUAUGCUUUUGUGUAUUUCAUUGUUUUCUGCAGAUGUCCAGCAGGUCUUCGUGGGCAAAGCAGGAUUGUCCCCUUUGCAGGAGAAGAACCCCCAUCUGGACGAAGAGGACACUGAGUCCCCAUACAUUAAAAAGGAACAGGAAGAGCUAUGGAGCAGUCAGGGGGGAGAACAGAACCAAUGGCUGGAGGGGGCGGAUACUACCAAGUUUAUGUUUACUACUGUGAUUGUAAAGGGUGAAGAUAAUGUUGAAGAGAAAUUUCAGUCUUCACAGCUUCAUAAAAGACAAACAGAAGAGGUGGAAACAGAAGCUGGUGCAGAGGACCAUGGAAGACCAGCUCCAGCCCUGAAAUUAGAUCCAGAGAGACUGUUACAGCUGGAGACUGAGGUCAAGACUGAAGACGCUUCUGAUCCGGAUACUGAUGACAGUGAUGAUUGGAGGGAGGCCGAAGUUCAUCAUACAGGUUUAAAAUCUGUGGACAAUUUAGAAGAUAAGAGGCCAGAGAAUGCUAAAAAAUCCCAUAGCUGCUCUCAGUGUGGCAGAACAUUCAAAAUUAAACAAAACCUAAAGAGACACAUGAGGGUUCACACUGGAGAGAAACCCUACAUAUGUCAAAAAUGUGGUAAAAGAUUUUCUUGGGAUAAUCAACUGAAAAGACACAAGUGUAUCCAAGGUCAAACUUCAGAGCUCCAUCAAAACCAACGUGUGGAGAGAAGAGAGGCACAAAGCAGGACUGAUGGUGGAGAACCAGAACCAGCUAGGACUUCAAGUCCAGAGAGACAUUCACAACAUGAAACUGAGAACGGUGGUGAUGGGGAGAAGACAACAGGACAUCAGUUAGAUUUAAACUCUGAGGAAAGCUCUAAAAAUGAGCGAUCCAAUAAGUCUAAUACCUGCUUUUUCUGUUGUAAGGCAUUCAAAAAGAAAUGGGAUCUUACUCAACAUAUGAAAAAUCACACUGGAGAGAAGCCUUUCAGCUGCUCAGAGUGUGGUAAAAAAUUUGGUCAAAAACAUCAUCUGAUUGGACACAAGAGAGUUCACACUGGGGAGAAACCCUUCAGUUGUUCUGAGUGUGGUCAAAGAUUUACCAGAAAUUCAACUCUAACAUGUCACAUGGCAAUCCACAGAGGGGAGAAACCCUUUGGCUGUUCUGUGUGUGGUAAAAAGUUUAAUCAAAGAGGACAUUUGAUCACACACAUGUUGGUUCAUUCAGGGGAGAAACCAUUUGGCUGCUCAGAAUGUGAUAAAAGAUUCACCCAUAAGUAUUAUCUGACACUUCACAUGGCACGCCACAAGGGAGAGAAACCCAUCAGCUGCAGUGUCUGUGAACAGAAUUUCUCUUGGUAUUCACAGUUAAAAAAUCACAAGUGUUUUGGUGGUCAGACGUCAGAGUUUUAUCAAAACCAAAUGUUUGAAGAGACAACAGAAACGGGAGCUGAUGUAGAGGACUGUGGAGGACCAGGACUAGCCAGGAAUUCAGAUCAAGAAAGACACUUACAGUUAGAGACUGAGAUAAAGACUGAAAACCUUUCUGAACCUGAGACUGAAAUUAGCAAUGAUUGGAAGGAAAUCAGAGAACAUCAGUCAGGUUUUGAUUUUAUGACAAAUUAUGACUUAUUCCAGAGAGCAGCAACAUUUAACUCUGAGAGGAAACAAAUUUCUGAUCCAGAGUCUGAUGAAACCACCCAUAACAAUCAUCUGCUGAAGAUCUAUACAAAUAGCUAUGUAGGGUAGAACAUGUAAGUGGUUCAGGAUUUGGAGACCAAGUUUACUUACACGCUAACACGACAGAUCAGAUCAAGUAUAAUGUUCAAGAUAAUAAAAAAGGAGCACACAAAAACAGGAAAUACCCUUCAGGUGCGUGACCAUUUAGGACUUUAAAAAAGGUGGAAAUGCAGCACACUUAAUGUUUUGUAACAUUUUUUAUCUGGGUAGAAGAGCAUAAAGACAAGCAAUGGAUUCAGCAAAUUCAGCAACAAGCCUUCAUUUGCAUUUUGGAAGGUUUUUCACCAGAAUGUGUCCGUUGCUCAUCAUGUCUGUUUGAAUACUUUUCUGCCAAGAUUAAAAAAUGUUAAAUAAUUUUUUAUGUACCGACUUCUCCACCUUUCGAGUAUAUUACCAAAAUCCCAUUUAGUCCUGCCCCUGUAAAGAGUAAGGAUAAUAAAUAGAAACCUUUUUCAGAGACCUGAGCUGAGCCGGAGGAAACGAUUAUGAAGGACCAGAACUCAGAUCCAGAGAGAUGUAUUCAAACAGAGACCAAGGUCAAGUCUGAAACUAAUGACAAUGUUCACAGGAAUUUUAUUUUAAAGAGUCAAGGAAACACUAAAACAUUACAUAAUGCUGUAAAAAACAUUAAAAACCAAAGCCUGAUAAAAGACAAAAAAAAUCAAAUGGCUGCUUUGAAUAUGGUAACACAUUCAAAGAUCAUGUAUUGAUUCACAAAGAAGAGAAAUCCUUCAGCUACUCUGUUUGCAGUGAAAGAUAUGACCAUAAGUCUAAUCUGACACACCACAGAUGGAAAAAACCCUUCAGCUGCUCUGUCAGCAGUGGAAGUCUGGUCUUACACUUUACAUGGCACCUCACAAAAGAGAAAAACCCAUUGGCUGUAGUGUUUGUAACCAAAGAUUCUCUUGGCCGUCUCGUUUAAUAACACAACUGAUUUCAGGCUUAAUUAAAACCAAAAUGAGGAGACAAGAGAAGCAGAAACAGAAGCAAAUACAGAGAGUUCUGUAGAUCCAGAACUCUUAGAAAGAGGAUCUAAAAUUACUUUUCAAUCUGCAGGUUUUACACUAUAAAUUCAGAUUUGAGCUUGAUGCUUUUAGGCAAACAGAUGGAUGUUUGAUUUUGAUUUUCUGUUCCUUUACUAUGAAAUGAAAGACUGUUAUAUUCCAGCUAAUGUUUAGUUUCUUGGCAUUUUUAGUUUUGUUUACAGUGCAUUAACAAACAAACAAAAUAUGAAAAAAAACAGCCAUUAAGAAAAAAUAAAUAAUUAAUAUACAAAGGUGCCAUAAUAGGGUUUAGAGAGGCUCUGUGUGUGCAUGCUGGCAUACGUAAAAGGUCAUUGGUGAAACUUUUACUAAACAGUUUUACUUCAUUAUGUUUAAUAGCCAUUGACUUUGCUUGAUUUUUAAGUGUCACCUUUACAAUCAGAUGCAAGUUACUAUCAUUUCAUUUUGAUAUGUGAGUUUCAUUCAGACAUAUAUCUGUACACUUAUUUCAUCACUGUUUUCAAAUGUUUGACAAGGUAAUCAUUAGGUCGUAGUUUGAAUUGCAUCACUUUGAGGAUAACUGUUGAUUUAUUUUUUCAGAUUAAUGUACAAUCCAAAUUCAAAAAAAGUUAGGACACUGUUUUCAAUGCAUGGUAUAGAGCAGGGGUGUCAAACUCAACCACAGCAAGGGCGAUAAUCUGGAUUUAGGUCUAACCUGAGGUCCAAAGAGGGUCAACAUUUCACCAAAACUGUCAACCUCCCUUUCAAAAAAUAUGUAACAAAAAUAGCAGUGAUUAUAAAUCAUUUAGAAAUUCAAAUGUGAUAAAAAGAUAGAAAAAUUGUAAUUUUUUAUUCUAUUUUUAUUCAUUAGUUCAAAAGAUCAGAGCAUGAUAUCAAAAAUAGAAAAAAAUGCAUUUAAAGAGCAAAUACAUGAGCAGAGCGUUGAAAUCAGGUUUAAUAUGUCAAAAUAUGACUUAAAAUUUUUAAUUGGAAUCUAAAGUAGAAAAAUGAAACAAGUCUAAAUACUGAGUUAAACAAAUCAAAGCAUGAAUAAAAAAUCCAAUCAUGUUUGGCUUGUAAUCUUGAGAUGCAAAAUUAAAAACAUGAAAUAAAACACCAAAUAUUUUCUUCCCCACAUUCUUGACUAUUUACAAAUCUUCCUUACUCUUUAAUUUCCUAGAUUUUCAUGGUUUAUUAAGGACAUUUUAAGUAAAGGUGCUCAAGUUUAUAUUAUGAUACUGGAGGAAAUCUGCAGACUUCAUUCUGGAGGGGCCAAUAAUAAUACAGAUAUGAUAUAAUCUUGUGGGCCAGAUAUAAUUGUUCCACGGGCCAGAUUUGGCCUCCGGCCCUUGAGUUUGACACCUGUGGUAUAGAGGGACUGCAGACAUUUGCUGGUAACAAUUUUAAAAUGAGCACACAUUUUUUCAUAGAAUAAUAAAUCGUUUUAGUUUCAACAUUUAAUCUUUGCUCUAAUUUCAGUUAAGUGCAGGAUUUAAAAGAGUUGCAAACUGCAUUACAACUGUUAUUUUUAUGCUGUAGCAAUACCCGCAGAAUGUGGUUUGGCAUUGUCCCUCUGAAAAAAAAAGUAUUUUCUGAAAAAGUCAUCAGGAUUGCAACAUAUGCUUCUCUAGUACCUGUAAAUAUUGUUAAGCAUUAAUGGAGUUUCCAGAUGUGUAUGUUACCCAUGCCAUUAACACAUCUGAUCCCCAUAUCAUCAGGGAUGCAGGCCUUUGAACUGUGUGCGAAAAAGAAGCUGGAUGGUCCCUCCCAGCUUACAGUAGAGGAUGCAGUGCCCAAGAUUUCCAAAAAAAAUGCACAAUUUUGUUUAAUCUGUCCAGUGGAUGUUUUACCACUUUACCACUGUUCAUGUUAAAUGGGCUUAGGUAAACAGAAAUCUCUAGUGUUUUGGGUCAUGUUUAAAUAUGAUUUCAUCUUUGGAUGAUGUGGUGUUAACUAACUUUUAUGGAUAUGAUGAAUUGUAUUCGCAGAUGUUAGUUUUUGGAACCCAACUCCUAUCCAAACAUUUCUGAUUCUUGUAUCACAUUUUAAAUGAGCAGACAUGUUUCAUAGAGCAAUAAAUUUUUUCAACAUUU